AUGUUGCGAAUAGCGUUAUUAUCUUUAAUAUUAUUCGUAACAUUAUCUUCAAUAUCAACAUCAAUUAUACGUAAAACACGUUUACGUCGACAAUUGGAUCCAGAAUAUUGUCAUGCUAUUGAAGGUUUCGAAUGUAAAUGUUCAUAUUAUCGUGUAACAUGUACUAUUGAUGAUGAAUUACCAUCACCAAUAAAUAUUUUAGACGACGAAAAACAGAAAUAUAAAUCAGUUGAGUUAAGUAUAAGAGUUGUACAUGAUAUUAUUGUUAAUGAUCAUACAUUUGAACCGAUCAGAGAGUUAUACAAACUUGAUGGGGAUCAUUUAGAAUUUCGUAUUAAAUUUGAACAAUUUACUGCACUUAAUUUAUCAUCAGCUGGAAUUUUUAAUCGAGUAUUUCCAGAUAAUUUAUCACAAAAUGCACGAAAAUAUUUGACAUUAGAAAUAUACAACCCAGAAGUUUCACCAAGUGAUGAUCCAAAUUUAUUUCAAAAUUUAAAUGCAGAUCGAUUGGAAGUUUAUACAUUAUAUCCAUUUCAUGGUACAUUUCAACAAUUAUUUAACGGUUCGAAUAUCAAAUACUUACGUCUGAGUGGUGGUGAUAUUCGUUCUGAUGUUUCACAAUCAUUUACAGGCACUAUUGGUCGUUUAGAAGUAGCUAAACAAGUUAGUGCAUUAUCCGUACAAGGUUUUCCUGUUUAUCCAGCACAUGAAUUCAUCAUAAAUGCAUUUUAUGUAACUGAUUUUAAUCAUGAACAUCCACCAAAUUAUGUGAAUUUAGCUGAAAUACGUGUUUAUAGUCCUGAUCGUAUACCUGCAAAUGCUUUUCGUCAAUUUCCUAAUAUACACACUUUAUCAGUUUCAACUGAUAAAGAUAUUGAUCCACAUGCAUUCGAUGGUUUCACUCAUUUAGAAAAAUUAACAAUUAAAAGUGCAAAAUUAAACUUAGAUAUUUUCAAUAGUUUACCAAAUCUUAAAGAAUUUGAAACAAAUAUCGAAAAAUUAGAUGAAAAAACACAAUGUAAAUUAGUUGAAAAAUUAGCUAAUGGACAAGUUGCUGUUCAAGCUAUUUCAAAUGGUCUGGAAUGCACAUGUGUAUUAGCUUAUUUGCAUACAGUCGUUGAACGAGCACCAUGUUAUGCACAACAUUGUGAAAAUUCAUCAUGCGAUGCACAACUUUGUGAAGAUUCAUCAUGUGAUGCAAUUAAAAAUAAUUACAAUGCAAACUCAAGUACAUUUAAUGUUCCACCACCUAUUCAACGUUCAGAUGGUACAAAUGCUUUACGUAAACGUGAACCACGGGUGUAUACCGUACCAUUUCAAAUAGCACCUCAAGAUCAAGAAAAGUUUCAACAAGGUACAUCACAACAACUACAACAAUCACCAGAAGCUGAUUCUCAAAGACCUGAUGCUGAUGAACAAAAUUUAUGGGAAUCAGAUGAAUCUUUUAAUCUCGGAGGUACGUUAAACAUACGUCGAGAUAUUCUAUCAAACUUUAGCUGCUGUAGGGUACGGAUGUGGGUGUGAAUAUUAUGUUCAUCUAUCACAUCCAUACCAGCACUCAAAUACUAAAGACGGGAAUCGGGUGACCCUGUGUGUGAAUAUGGUAAUUGGUACGGCGAAACCGAAGCGUUUGAAAUAACUGAACUGAUCGGUUUUUGUCAGUUUUCAUCGGUUGAAAGAAAUUCUUACAGACAUGUCAUUGUUCUUCGAUAAAACAUAUGGACAAUAAGAUUAAAAUCCCUUGCCAAAAUACAGAUACACAGUACUGUUACAAAAGCUAUUAGUUUUUUGCUUCUCUUUGUCUACACUUUUUCUUAUUAUUUUAAUCGAACUAUAUUCGCUCCUUAAAAAUUACAAUUAAAAGCAUAGAUAGAACUGAUUUGACAUUUUUGAACACUAGCAGCAUGUAUGUCGAAUUAAUUCAGAACGUAAAUACGUCUAUAUUUAUAUAUAUGUACUUGCUAAUAAUACAUAUUUUUCAAUUGUUAAGUGCAAUAGAAAUAGCAAAUCCUAAUAUGCAACGCGUAAACGAUGGAUACUUUAUUGCAUCUGCAAAAUCGAAUUAUAUUUCUUCUAUUCAAUUCGCUAGCUUGUGAAUACCAAUUCUAUUUUUCACAUAGUAUAAAUACCGGUGUUUAGUGUUUGAGAAAGUAUACUUUAUCAUUCAUUACAACGUAAUAUGAAAAGAAAUGCCAUUCUUCAUUGUCGUUUUGCUUGUCGAUUUGGAUUCCUGGUCUGAACAGAAUUCAUGUUCAGUUGGCAAAUAUCUUUAUGAAGAUCAAUGUAUUUUAUGUACGCCUGGCUACUAUUGUCCAGAUGGUAAAAAUCGUAUAACUUGUCCACAAGGAAAGAUUGCUCCGGGAUACGGAUUCUCAGUUUGUAAAGAGUGUCCUGAAGGAUGGUAUUCAACAUGCGAUACACAGGAAACAUGCAUCAUGUGUCCGAAAGGUUUUUAUUGUCCAACAAGUGACCAAGAGCCACAAGCAUGUCCCGUUGGAUAUUAUAGUCACUAUGCUGCCACUGAGUGUACGAAGUGCCCUUCAGGAUAUUAUACGACCUAUACAAAUUCAAGCUAUUGUUUUCAAUGUCCAAUGGGCUACUCCUGUACGGAU